AGUUAAGUUCGUUUUGGAGCGAAGACAAAUUUAAUAAAUAAAUAAACAAAGCUUUGAGUUUGAGUAAAAGCAAAACAAGCGGUAAAUUGUUGCAAUGCAUUAGCAAUUUAUUGGAGCAUAACAAUUGCUGAAGUACAAAAUUUUGAACCACAAAUUAUCGCAUUAUGAUGCUGCAACAAUGCACGGUGCAUGCAACGGAUGGCAUUUUAGGCCUUAAUUUGAGUCGUGCCCCUUGGGAUGCCUAUCCCUGGGUAAGCGAUGUCCAAGCUAACUCAAAUGCUGAGCUAGGUGGCAUUCGCAUAGGCGACACAUUAUUGCAACUCAAUGGGCAGGACGUAUUGGGCAUGCGUAUCAGUGAGCUGGCCAAGCAGCUGCGACUGCAUUGGCAAACUGGCGCUGAGCAUUGCACCAUGACCAUGUGGCGACAACAGCCCAAAAGCAAUACAAACGAUGCAGCCGAAGCAGCGCACGCUGUGCAACAUGGCAUUAAUCAACAAUCACUGCAAAAGUUUGCCACAUGCCUGCAACAGAUUGCUCAAUUAUUGGAAUGUCCUGUUUGCUGUGAGGUCAUUAAACCACCUAGCUGGCAAUGCUGCAAUGGACAUGUGCUUUGUAAUAAUUGCCGUAGCCGUUCCGUAAAGUGUCCAAUUUGCCGUGUGCCAUUGGGUCCGCGGGGACGCUGCCUGCUGUCGGAUAAAUUAUUUACGCUGCUUGCGGAAAAUUUUCCCUGUGAUGGCGUUAAGACUGACAAAAGCAAAACCCAAAGCACUAACGAACAUCACAAUCAAGCAAACAUGGCUGCGUCCAAAUCAGGCACUGGCAAAAAGUAUAGAAGACAUAGCUGCUCCUCCAACAGCAACAGCAACAGCAACAAGCUCACACAACAGGAUGACGCUGUGAUUUUAGUUAUCAAUGGAGUUGAGCGUGGAGGGGAUAUGCAGCAGAUACUGCGUGGCGUGCCAAAGGGAAAUGAGCAAAGUGGGCAAAAACGAAAUAAUGUCAACGACGCAGGCCGCCUGAGCUGUGCAUUGAAAGUGCAGCAGCAGCAGCAGGAACAGCAACAGCAGCAGCAGAGCAGCAACAAUAUGCUCGUUAAACCAAAGUUAAAGUUGAGUAAGAAAAGUUGGCAGAUUACAGGCCGAGAUCAAGACGAAUUGUGCAGCGAUGAAGUUGCAAACAUAAAUAAUGGCCAACAGCAACACCAGCAACAGCAGCAACAGCAGCAGCAGCAGCAGCAGCAGGUGUUGAAUGCAAGCAGAGGCCAAGAGCAAUAUCAAAAUUAUCAUUACCCGUCUGGGAAAUCAUGCAGCAGCAGCGGUGGCGGCAGCAGCAGCAGCCAACAGACGAAACUUUUUCACCAACUCAGUGACAGCAACAGCAACAGCAACAAAUUGUCAACCGUCAAACGAGCAAGCACCGCAGACGCCCAAAUGCGAGCUUGCCAGAAAUUGCAUUUGUAGUCGGAGCAAACAGUGCGGCAAGCUUAUCAGCGGGGAGCCAUAACCAACUGCCCCAAGCAGAGUUGCAGCCAUCAAUAAAAACGCUGUCCCAACCACAGCCAGACGACCAGCAGCAGCACCAACAGUUGCAACUGCGGCUGCAUUGAGGCACCUUUUGGGUCAACGCUUGCCAAAAGUUGAGGGUGCAGCUCCUUGUUGUCUUUUCUUUUGGGGCAACUCUUGUCUUGCCAGCAAUUGAAAAUUUCAGUUCUAGUUUUUAACUACAGUCAUUUAGUUGCUAUUUAAUAAAUUAAUAAGCCAAAUGAAUGUAAACCAAGUAUUAAAUU